AUGGCGAAGCGGGCGAAGCGGGGACCCUCUGAGCAAAACGACCCGGCGGGCGAUAACUGCGAUAGCGACUGCGACGAAAUUGACGUGAAAGACGUGACCUUGCAGUUUGCUUCUGGGGAUGAGAGCGUUGGCAGUUCACAGAUGCUGUGCGCGGCUUCCCCGGUCUUUCGGAGAAUGUACCGCUCCGGCAUGGCAGAAGUACGGACUCGACGCGUCUCCGUGAACGGGGUGAUUUCGGAGGAGAACGUGUUGGCCAUCGCCGGACUUGGAGACUACUACCAGGUGAAGUUCGUCACGGACGCGUGUGUGGAGGUGGCCUGGGAAGCGCCGUUCUCCGUGGUGAUCCAACUUCUCCUGGCCGAGCUGCUGCAGCGCAAUGAAGACGCAGAACGAUGCGCCCAGUUCCUAGCGCUCGAAGGCACUCCCGAAGACCUGGAGCAACUCGAAGAAAAGCGCGCAGCUGCCGCACUCAAGAAGGUGGCCACGAUCAUGCGGCAACUUCUGCAGCCGAUCGUCUUGAAGGCGCCGGUGCCAGGUCUGCUGGUGAGGAGAGGCCCGGACUGGCAGUAUCCCGAUGAUGCGGACGAGGUGUUGGGCCAGCGUGUGGGGAAGACACGGGGCCAAGCCUCCCCAGGCUGGGUCGUCGUCCAGUGGAUCGCCUCGGGACGACAGUCCACCUACCGAGCGGGAGCUGACGACAAGUAUGAUUUGGUGGUCAUCGCCGUGGAUGCCGACUACCAGGCAGAACACAGAACGUCGAGAAGGUGA